AUGGGGCCGGGAAAGACGCACCCCGAGACGGGCGUCCCCGUGGACAUCCCUUGCGCCCUGGGAGACAAGGUUCUCUACGGCGAGUUCGACGGGACGGCGGUGGACUACAUGGGAACGGACCACCAGUUCGUGCGAGACCAGGACAUCCUGUUCGUGUACUCGGGGGAGCGGAUGGAGCCGAGCACCAUCAAGAUGAUCAGGGACGAGCUCCUCGUCAAGGUGGACCCGGAGGCGACGACGACCAAGUCGGGGCUGCUUCUCGGACAGAAGGAGGAGAACACCGGGGAGGGUUCUACCACGGGGGAGGUUCCAUGGAGCGAGGCGCCAGUUGCUUACUGUCCUCGUGCACGCGCGUGUGGGGUUAUAUCGUGGAUAAGGCUUGCAUGGGUGGUGUCGCGGUGGUCCCUGCGGUGGAUGGCUAGAGUUUGGUAGAACGUGUCCUGCGCGUGUGCGUUGAGACGGUAGCAGGAACCGGCCGAGACCGAUUUAACACAUUUAGUUGUCGGGAUUUUUAUAUGUUGCUACGUACGUACGCCCACCAACAUAGUGCACGUAGUGUUGUGAGGUGAACCACGGUGGAGGCUAAAAAUAGCGGCACGAGCCAACGGGGAGGACUAAUCCCGAUUUUUGUUGACGGGACGACGUUUGCGGAGGUGUGCCAAUGUGAUCGCCUCGUUGCCACAAACUUUCUGACUCCCGG